CCUGCGGCCGGAAGUGGAAGGCGAGUCGCUUCUGCUGUUUGGAUGUGUGGAAACAGCGACAAGCGGAGCGGGGUCCGGGCGCUGCCGUGGCCGCCCAGCACGAACUUAAUUCGUUGUUCAUUCGGUUUAUACGUAGCCUAUUUAUCGCUGCGAUUUCGGAGUUCCCUCGUCGCUCGGAGCAGCCACCAAACGCUAUUUGCGUCGGCGUCAUUUACUAGAAUAAACACCCACACGGGAGCUGAGUGCUCCAGCUAACGCGGUCGGUUAGCAACUAGUGCCGUGUAGUAUGAAUUUCGGGCAGAGCACUGAGCCGGAGCUACAGCCCCAAUCCAGGCGUCCGUCUACCGCCUUUUAUAGCUCAUUCUAAUCUGAACGGGCCUCAUCCAGAUUCCUGGACUGUCAGGAAUCAGUCCUUGCUGAUAUUUUCUGCCUAAUAUAUCAGCAUUACGGAUCUAAUUUUCCGCACCUCUCUUUCUGAACAUCGCGGAUGUGAGUCUCGGCUAGUGUAAACCAAGGCGACAUUUUCAGCUAGCUUGUUAGCGAUCUAGCUGGCUGACCCCCUCUCCCACCCCACAUCCAAACUACUACUUUAUUAUUUUAUUUUUUGGGUCCAGGUUUGUUUCUGCUGCUCAAUGUGAAAUUCAGAUUAUCCAUAAUCUACACCAGGGUUCUGGAUUUCAUCGGACCAGGGACCUCCUGGAGAUCUUUCUGGCCUUCAAGACUUUUCUUGUAAGUUCACAAGAAUAUUGAUCCAAACAAGGGUUUAUUCGAUACGAUAUCUACCAGGUUCGAUCCCAGCGUUUUUAUCACGGUACCCCUGGGAAACUAACACUAGCAGGCUUGCUGAUUUGUUUUGGACCACUUGGUUUAGGUUGCUUGUAUUUUUCGGCGACUAGCAAAACUUCGCAUCUGAUAGAAAGAAAAAGGGAGUCUGAUUGUGUGAUUUCCAAAAAACAAACAAAAAGGGGAACUUCAUGAUCAGGGUAAAUCAACUAACUAUGACUUGAGCAGUCCGGAUCUCCAGCCUGUUGCUGUGUAAGUUUAGCUGAUCAGGCGGUGGACUCCGGACAGAAACGCCACCGAUGUCCCUUCUGAUUGAGUUUUUAGAGCCGUAAACACUUCCACGAUCGAACAAUGACAACUCGGACGCCGAUGCUACCAAUCAUCGAGCAUUCAUCUAACCAGGCUCACUCCGAAUCUAAGGCCGCCGGUCGCUCCAACAUGCCCCGCGGCCGCAACUCGCUGGCCACCGCAGCCGACGAGCAGCCGCACAUCGGCAAGUACCGCCUGCUGAAGACCAUCGGGAAGGGAAAUUUCGCGAAGGUCAAGCUGGCUCGGCACGUUCUCACCGGCAAAGAGGUGGCUGUAAAAAUUAUAGACAAGACUCAGCUGAACUCUUCCAGUCUCCAGAAGCUCUUUCGGGAAGUGAGGAUCAUGAAGCUGUUGAAUCACCCAAAUAUCGUGAAAUUGUUCGAGGUGAUAGAAACCGAGAAGACACUUUACCUGGUUAUGGAGUACGCCAGUGGAGGAGAGGUGUUCGAUUACCUCGUCGCCCAUGGCAGAAUGAAAGAGAAAGAAGCCCGAGCCAAAUUCAGACAGAUUGUAUCAGCAGUGCAGUACUGUCAUCAGAAGUGCAUCGUUCAUAGAGACCUCAAGGCUGAAAACCUGCUUCUUGACGCAGACAUGAACAUAAAGAUCGCUGAUUUUGGCUUCAGUAACGAGUUCACUCUGGGCAACAAGCUGGACACCUUUUGCGGCAGCCCUCCAUACGCGGCUCCGGAGCUCUUCCAGGGAAAGAAGUACGACGGGCCUGAAGUGGACGUGUGGAGCUUGGGAGUCAUCCUGUACACGCUGGUCAGCGGCUCGCUGCCUUUCGAUGGACAAAACUUGAAGGAGCUGCGCGAACGGGUUUUAAGAGGGAAGUACCGAAUUCCGUUCUAUAUGUCCACGGACUGUGAGAACCUGCUGAAGAAAUUUCUUAUCCUCAAUCCCACCAAGAGAGGAAGCCUUGAGCAGAUUAUGAAGGACCGGUGGAUGAAUGUGGGCCAUGAGGAGGAGGAGUUGAUGCCUUAUAUUGAGCCACAGCCCGACUAUAAGGACCCCAAGAGGACAGAUAUUAUGCUACAAAUGGGGUAUACUCAAGAUGAGAUACAAGACUCCCUUGUCAACCAGAAGUAUGAUGAAAUAAUGGCAACCUAUCUAUUACUGGACUAUAGGAAUUCAGAGCUGGACGAACUUUCAAUAAAGCCCCGCCCAAGCAUCGACCUCACAAACAAUACCCAAUCACCUUCUCACAAGGUACCACGUAGUACCUCGAACCAGAAGCCGCGCCGAUCCACGGACCAAAGUAAGACUCGGAAGAAGCGCCAGAAGUUAUAUGCAGUUCAGUGCUUCAUGCUUAUACCCAUCUCAUUUCCCGUCUCUCCUCCAGGUUUGUCCGUGACUGUGAAGCACUCUCAGGGUGACGGUAAGCACAUUGGUGAAGACUACGGGAGGAAAAGCUCAGGCAGCUCCGCUAAAGUUCCUCCGAGCCCUCUGACUCCGGCUGACCGAAAGAAAACCCCGACCCCGUCCACCAACAGCAUCCUUUCAACUGGUACGAGUCGCGGGAGAAGUUCUCCAGGUCCUGAGAGAUCUACUCUGGGGGUACAGAACGGCAAGGACAGCUUGAGCACACCAGGGUCCCGUGCCUCUACCGCCUCGGCAGCUGCUGUUCUAACUUCCUCUUCUUCCUCCCGCCCCCGCCACCACAAGUCCCUGUCCACCUCGGCCCACCCCAACUCCCCAGACCUCCAUGCACAUCGGCCCAGCACCGUUCCACAAAGAGUUCCAGUGGUGUCUCCCUCAACCAACAACAUAAGCAACUCCACGGCAGCAGAUCGUACCAACUUCCCCAGAGGGGUGACGAGCAGAAGCACUUUCCAUGCAGGCCAGCAGAGAGCCUCACGCGACCAGCACGCCUCCACCUACAGCGGGCAGCCGGCCUCGCCGUCGCUCUCUCACGGGAACAGCCAGGUCCGUCGCACUGGUACUGGCAUCUUCAGCAAAUUCACCUCCAAAUUUGUGCGCAGAAAUCUGUCAUUCCGAUUCCCCAGAAGGAGUCCGUAUGAGGGAGAGGGUCGAGAUGAGGCCAGCAGACCCAUGCUGAGCACUGCAGAAAAGAUGGAGAAAGGCACCCAGGGAACAUCAGGGGAUGAGAACAGGGAUUCGGUUUCGUCCUCCUCUCCGGUGUCCAGCACGCCUUCGUCCACCCAGUCCUCCAAGGACAUCAAGCCGCGCUCGCUGCGCUUCACCUGGAGCAUGAAGACCACUUCGUCCAUGGAGCCCAACGAGAUGAUGAAGGAGAUCCGGAAAGUCCUGGACUCCAACAGCUGCGACUAUGAGCUGCGCGAGCGCUUCAUGCUGCUCUGCAAGUCAGGGAAUCCUUCGCGUGACGACUUUGUUCAGUGGGAGAUGGAGGUGUGCAAGCUGCCCCGUCUCUCUCUCAAUGGCGUGCGCUUCAAACGCAUCUCGGGCACCUCCAUGGCCUUCAAAAACAUCGCCUCCAAGAUUGCCAACGAGCUGAAGCUGUGAGCGCCGAAACGCGAUUUCUUUUGGGGAUGACGCUAAUGCUGUAUUGGGGCAAAAUGUGAGAGCUGUAGCCCAGAGCGUUCGGAGAAGAUGGACAAAGUGGUGCCAUCAGAAGCGGGGGACAGUGAAGAGGAUGAAGACUGUAAAUGAAGCAGGAUGGUUAGCACAGCUUGGUGGGGGAUCUUGGUGUGUGUGUAUAGAUGUUUUGAGGGCCACCUUCAUUUUUUUUUUUUUUUUUUAUAAUUAUUUUUUGCUGGGACGUGUUUCCUUGGUUUUGGUUUUCUGUCCCCACAUCGCCCCCCAUCCCGGCCUCCACGCCUGUAUUUUUGUUGUUAUUUGUGCUGAUCUUUUUUUUUUUUUUUUUUUUUCGUUUCCUUUCCAGUUUAGUUUUUUCUCUUUGCUCCUCGGUUGUUGUUUUAUUUUCAUGUUUAAACAGUAUAGUGACGGAGGAAGGACGUUUAUGUAAUUAUUGAACUGAAAUGUGUUUGCUGGCGAUUCUUAUACUACAAACAUCGAACCAGCAACUGUCUCAACACGCUGUAAACCCCCCACAUUACUUGAUUUAUUUUUUUUGUUGUUUUCUUACUUCCAGUUUCAAAUUACUGUUUAUGAACGGAGAGGUCGAUCGGUGGUUUUGACACUGAAUGUACAGCGCACGUAGCGAUGGGGAACUGAGACUGAAGUUCUACGCACAUUUGGUAGAGCCAUAGUGAAUCUUCACUCAUCUCGCUGUGGUUCAUAUUCUCAGCCUGCCACACUCACGUGUACAUCGCAGUUACGUGUCUUAUCUGAUUUGAAACAGAAGUGCAGACGAACCCGCAGUGCUCCCGAGGUGAAUCGCCUCCCUGCACUCCAAGCCCAGACAAUUAGAUUUAUUUCUCUUCCUGCUGCACGGGUCAUAUGUUAAAAACUAAUUAAGGGCCAAUUAAGUAAUUAUUGGUGGUUCGUAGUGUCAUUACGAGUUGCUGGUUGGUUUCAAUGUGCUGCACUGGAAUGAGUCUGUGUUUUGUUGCAUUUUUUUUUUCUGGAAAAGAUUAUAUUAUAAGAAUAAAAAAUACGUUGGAUGA